AUGGAUGAAAUUAAAGAUUGGCUCAUUAAUUUACCAUUCUGCACAAAAUUUUUGGUUUCAAAUGUUGUUCUCAUAACAUUAACAUUGACUAUGUGGUCACACAUUCUUAUCAUUUAUGAAUUACAGAAAUUUAAGUUAUGGAGAUAUUACUCGUCAUUUUUCCUUUUUCCACUUAGUAUUAACGGAAUACUUGAGUUAUAUCUCUUAUGUUAUUUUUCUAAAGACUUAGAAACUGCAAAAUUUUCAGGAGUAACAGCAGAUUAUGUUUGUUACCUUUUAUUUAUAGUUUUGACAAUAACUGUAUCCUUUGAUAUGGCAAGGAUAAUACAAAGUUAUAUGUGGCCAACUUUACCAUAUCAAAGUUAUAUGUGGCCAACAUUACUUUAUCAAAGUCUUAUGAUAGCGAUCAUAUACACUUGGUCUUUGUAUCGCAGACAAACUAGUAUAAAUAUUAUAAAUUUUUAUAAUGUUAUAAGUUUUAAAGCAGUAUAUUUACCAUUUAUAAUAUUAUUAUUAGAUACAUGCUAUUUUCAAUAUAUUCCAUAUGACGUAUUAGCAGGAAUAAUUGCAAGCCAUUUAUAUUUUUACUUAAAAGAAAGAUAUCCUGCGGCAGAUGGUAAAGGAUUAUUAAAUACCCCAAGAUGGUUAUAUGGAAUAUUUCCGGAUUCUUAUUGUUCAUCAAAUUUGUCAAAACCAAGGAUUGAUAUUAAUUUUAGAUUUCGAUUUUUAACGUGGGGUUUAUUUGAUUUAAUGGGUAUAGUUCGUAUAUUGAAUAUACGGGAAAGGAGGUUUAGGUACAGGAACGAAAGAUGGGUUUAG